GAGGCUACAGCUCAUCCACAGUACCAGCACACAUCCAUUCACACAUGCAUACUGCAUAAGAGAACUUCCUUAUAUAUCCAUUCACUUGCAGAUUCUCGUACAUGCAACCAUGAGGCUAAACUUUUCUUCAACAACUUUCAAUAUCCAUAACUUCAACCUUUUGUGAAACUCUACUCUAGGCAGAAAGAGAUCACAUUCUAUGAUUGUUUAUUGACGAAUAACUACCUGGAUUUUCAAAGCAAUGAAACCUCAACUCAUACGUCAGCAACCAAGAGAACGACACAAUGACUUCCUGGCGCGAUGAUUAUACGAAAGCUCUACAAGAGCGUGAUGAGCGCGAACAAACCAGCUACCAGCGCUUUGAUCCUACCUUCAUAGACGCUUAUACUCAGCUGCUCGACAAAGUCUCUGCUCAAACUGCAGCUGCAGCUGUUCACGACACCCCAUCUACCUCCGCCAACCCCUCAUCCCUCUCUUCUUCCGCUACAUCUCAAAAAGCAAUAUCCAAAAAUGCAAAUCAAACUCAAUCCACAACCUCAUCCGAGGUCCUUCAGCUCCGCGCUUCCUUAUCCGAAGCACUCCGUUCCUCUUCGCACUUCCAAUCGCGUUUGAAGACUACCGAAACCUCACUCCAAGCUCUACGUACCAAAAGUGCUUCGGUGUCCAAGCAGUUAGAGACUUUAACUCGAGAACGAAAUGUUCUCGAGAGGAAAAUUAGGGAUCGAGACGAGGAGUUGAGAGCUAAAACUAAGGGGUUUCAUGAUGUGCAGGAUGAGAUGAUAUCUCUGAAUUUGCAGCUUAAUAUAGCGGAGCAGAACGAGAAAAGGGCAAAAGCGGAGAAUAAAGAGUUGAUUGACAGAUGGAUGGCUCAAAAGGGAAGGGAGGCAGAUGAAAUGAAUAAAAAGUUUGGGACUUGAUGUAAGAAACUGAUGAUUGAGUCAAGCCUAUCACACUCUAUUUGAAAUCACCGAGAAAGGUAAAACA